AUGGGAUUUGCUGGUGUUUUCAGAGAAAAACAUGAUGCCAUUGUUUGUGAACCUAAAGAACUUCUGAAUCCCUCUCCCAAAGUAACAAAUUGUUGCAAAUCCCUGUUGAAAUACAGUUUUCAGAAGGAGUACAUGACCCGACUUGUUAGCUCCCAGCCAGUUUCAGCCAUGUCAAGAAGCCCAGAUCACAAUCUGCCUUCUCAGCCCAAGGAGAGUAGCAUUGGCCAGAACCAUCACCAGGAGGAAAUAAUCCACAAGUUGGCCAUGCAGUUAAGAAACAUUGGGGACAGCAUCGAUCGUGGGAUGGUUCAAGAGGAUCUUCUUCAGCAGGAAGUCAGGGAGGCACUGGCUCAUUGUGUCUUGGUUUUCUUUGGAGGAGUUCACGCACUGCAGCACUUUCUCUGGAAUAUCCGUUGGAUGUGAAAGAAAUGUAAAUGCCACCUUCUAACCUCUGAGAAAACAAGAAUCCCACUGGGGCAGAUGGAAGCAGACCCUUCUCUGUCUCCCUCUCUUUUUACUCAUCACUGUUGGUUCACGCCCGGUUUCUUGGAGGACUGCAGACUCACUGGCCGUUUGUCCGUUCAGAGCCACCUGCCGCGAGACGUCUGUGACUGCCUCCCCGGUAAAGCCCCAGGGGGCCUUGCCACUUAGAAUUCUACCACCAGUGCUGUGGACGGUCCCCGGUGCUCUUUGUAAAGCAACCUGAAGCAUUUUCUUUCAUGAGUGGAAUUGAACCUUGUUCUCAAAGCAGAGGUCACGGAAAUGGGUGCUUUCUCCUGGCCCUUCCCUGGGUGCUGGGCCCUCCAGCAACCUGCUGGCCCCACCCUUGUUGCCUGUGUCCAGACCUGCAGUGCCCUGUUCUUAGACCUCUCCGUCUACCUCACCUUCCUUCUCUUCUCCCCCUUUUGGGAGCAUUAAGAAAGUUUCUGGUUAUAAAUUAUAAGUUCUAUAUAUACAUUUUGAGUUCUUUGU